AUGAUCACAUCUAGUAUUAGUCCAGCAUUGAAAAUUGGUCUCCGAUUUCUUGACAUGUGGCCAGGUGAUUCAUAUUCUACCAUUUCUUGGCUGAGUUUUAUGUUGAGCAUACUGAUUAUACAGUACUUCCAAUAUUUAUACAUAUUUGGUCACUUAAAGAUGAGCGAGUUGUCAAACCUCGUUGACGGUCUGAUUGUGGCUUUAGAUUAUAGUUUGACGUUACUUAAAUUGACCAGUCUGUGGGCACAUCGUCGAGUUUUUCAUAAAAUUCUGGCUGCUAUGGAUAAAGAUUGGCGCGAGUGCAUCAAUGUGGAUAAGCAUUUGUACUUGAUGACAAUCAAAGCAAAUGUUGCACGUUUUACGUCUAAUAUUUUAUUAAGUGUUAAUGCGGUCGUCGCAGUACUUUAUGGCUUAGGCGACUAUGUAAUUCGUUUCGUACUUUUUAGUGAAAAUCAAAAUGAUACUUUACGGCAGCUUCCUAUAAAAAUGCAAUUUCCCUUUGAAACUCAACAAUCGCCGACGUUUGAGUUUCUCGUUGUAACAUUAUUUUUACAUGUGGUACUUCACGUAAGCGGACAAAUUGAUAUAAUGUGUCAUGAAUUUAAAAAUAUUUCUAAGGGAUCUUUUCUUCAUGGAUCUUACGAGUCUUUUUUUGGAUUGCUGAUUGAGAAGCAUAAUAAAAUUAUUUUAUUUUCCAAGAACAUUGAGACACUCUUCUCCUUUAUUGCAUUAAUGCAAGUUGUUUGGAAUACGUUAGUUAUUUGCUGUUUAGGAUUUAUCAUCGUAAUUUCUAUUUAUAACGAAACUGGCAUUUUCGUGUUACUGAAGACUAUUUCUGGUUAUCUCGUUGUAAUGAUUGAAGCCUUUGUCAUUUGCUUUGCCGGAGAAUAUCUUAGUUUAAAGGGCAAAUUAAUCGCCAAUGCGAUAUAUGAAUCGCUGUGGUACGAUAUGCCGUCAAAUGAAAAUAAAAUUAUAGUAUUUAUAUUAAUGAGGUCUCAAAAACGACUGACGAUUACGGCAGGAAAAAUGAUGGAUAUGUCAUUAGAAACAUUUACUGGUAUUAUGAAGGCGUCAGCAUCGUAUGUAUCUGUUUUAAAUGCUAUGUACUGA